AUGUUGGAAAUGUAUGAGGCAAGUACACAUGUCUUAGUCAAAUCUAACUAUCUUUAUUUUUCCCACAAAGCAACAUGUGGCCAGGAGUUCAAGACCGAACUUGGUUCAUUCCAGUGGAAGGGCAGUCCGACUGGCCCGCACAGCUGCAAUUGGAGAAUUGAUAGCCCCUUCCAAAAGCCCAUUCUGUUACGAUUCACCACCCUGAAAAUAAAUUCAGAGGGCAAUGAAUGUGAGACAAAUUAUGUAUCAGUUAAUGACGUGAAUGGGGACACUCAGAAGAAUCUGGGGAAAUGGUGUGGAACAAAGCCUGAGGAUUUGUGGAUUCUGUCGACUGGACCAAGUUUGUUGAUCCAACUUCAAACUGAAGGAUCGAAUGCUGACGACCAUUUGGACGCCACUUUUAUUUCACCCACAUGCCAAUACGACUACAAUCAGACAUGUACUUACAUCAAGUCCCCGCCCGAUGAAUUUUGGUGGAAGUACCCACUAAGAUGUCUUUGGAGAAUUCGCGUGCCCGAUGAUUAUCAAAUGCGGUUACAAUUUCAAAGUUUCUUUGUUAUGGGAAAAGACAGUGAUUGCUACAGUGAUGGCUUGGGGAUAUUUGAAGGGACGGCAGGCGCGUUGACGCACAUCGGUCAAUUUUGUGGCAUCCACAAUCCUCCACCAAUCGCAAGCCACAUUAAAGAAUUGACCCUCUUCUUGAACACAGACAGCAAGUGCAUGGCGAAAAGCUUCCUUGCAAAUUGUGCAUCA